GAUUGUCCAAUAAAAAUGGACCGAAGUUGACAUCUGGUUAUAAACGAGACGGAUUCAAAAGUGAUACUCAGACAUCUUUGGGAAAACAAGUCUGUGAAAGACAGUGCACUCUGCAACCCAGGCGUAAUGACGUCUAGUAAAGUACAACUCAUCGGUGAAGUGAGGACCGAUACCGCUGAACUCAUGGCAUCUCUCCACUUGAUGCCCUCGCCCGUGGAGAACCCGGAGAUAAAAUACACGAAGAUUUUCAUAAACAACGAGUGGCAGGACUCAGUGAGUGGAAAGACCUUUCCCGUUUACAACCCUUCCAACGGGGAGAAGAUCUGCGAUGUGCACGAAGGGGAGAAGGCCGAUGUGGAUAAGGCAGUGCAGGCAGCCCGUCUGGCGUUCUCCCUGGGCUCCGUGUGGCGGAGGAUGGACGCCUCCGAGCGUGGGCGACUGCUGUCCAAAAUGGCCGACCUGGUGGAGCGAGACGGCGCCUACCUUGCAACACUGGAGGCCCUGGACAGUGGAAAGCCCUUCCUCUCAGCCUUCUAUGUGGAUCUGCAGGGCACCAUCAAGACCUUCAGAUAUUUCGCUGGAUGGGCAGAUAAGAUCCAUGGCCUAACUAUUCCGAUGGACGGAGAUUACUUUUCGUUCACCAGACACGAGCCCGUUGGAGUGUGUGGACAGAUCAUACCCUGGAACUUUCCCCUGUUGAUGGCUGCCUGGAAGCUGGCCCCGGCGCUGUGCUGUGGGAACACUGUGGUCAUGAAGCCAUCGGAGCUGGCUCCUCUCAGCUGCCUGUACAUGGGGGCGCUCAUCAGAGAGGCCGGGUUUCCUCCGGGAGUCGUCAAUAUUGUACCGGGACUCGGGCCAACGGCAGGAGCUUCCCUAGCCGAGCACAUGGGCGUGGAUAAAGUGGCCUUCACAGGAUCGACUGAGGUGGGAAAGCUGAUCCAGGAAGCAGCAGGACGGAGCAACCUAAAGAGAGUGACUCUGGAGCUGGGAGGGAAGAAUCCCAACAUAAUUUUUGCGGAUGCGGAUUUGGACGUGGCGGUGGAGCAGGCCCACCAGGGCGUCUUCUUCAACAACGGGCAGUGCUGCACCUCCGGCUCCCGCGUCUACGUGCAGGAGCCCGUCUACGAGGAGUUUGUGCGGAGGAGCGUGGAGAGGGCCAAGAGGAGGGUGGUGGGGAGCCCCUUCGACCCCACCACCGAGCAGGGACCGCAGAUCAGUCAGGAGCAGCAGAGCCGCAUACUGGAUUACAUCCACAGUGGAAUCAGGGAGGGGGCCAGGCUAGAGUGUGGGGGCAAAGCUCUGGGGCUCAAGGGCUUUUUCAUCGAGCCCACCGUCUUCUCACACCUCACAGAUGACAUGCGCAUCACCAAGGAAGAGAUCUUCGGCCCCGUUCAACAGAUCAUGAAGUUCAAAACCGUAGAAGAAGUCAUCGAAAGAGCGAACAACUCUGACUAUGGCCUGACGGCGGGAGUGUUCACCAGCAACAUCAACAAGGCCAUGACGGUAUCCACAGCCCUGCAGGCUGGUACGGUCUGGAUAAACUGUUUCAAUGCUCUGGGGUCCCAGUGUCCGUUUGGAGGAUUCAAGAUGUCUGGAAAUGGGCGAGAAAUGGGUGAGUACGGCUUAAGACAGUACUCAGAGGUGAAGACUAUCACGAUGAAGGUGCUGGAGAAGAACUCGUAGGGGGCAUUCUGCUGGACAGACUUUCCCUGCGUCACUGCUGCUGCCUCUCACUCCCAGCACAGCAUCACCCCCUGUUGGUAACUUGCUAUAAUGCCUGCAAGAGAGAAAAUUGAUUCGGACAGGGGUUAUUUAAAGGUAUACUAAGAGAAGAAUUUGUUCAUAUUGCACAAGCUUUUGCUACAAACGAUGCGUUUGCCUGAGAUCAGGUUGUAAGAAAGAAAGAAAGCCGGCAAAUUGCUUUCCAGUCCAAAUCUGACAAACACAUCGAUGCAGGUAGUUGUGCUUGUCUAAGUCUUCAAUCAGGACAUCCAGCCAAAUCAAUCAGUGGUGACAUGAGUGAGCUUUAGCUUCUCUGAAGUGCCUAAACUGCAGAGUCCCAGCAAGCUAGCUUAACAUUAUUCCCUGGUACCAACUUGAAGAUUUGUAUGCUGCACACAUGAAGACAAACCUGUGGUUUUUAAAUGAAGGUUGAGUUUUAAAUGAAAUAACACCAUGAAGUGGUUUUAGUUUUGUUCAUUUCAAAUUCCAAAAAAUUAAAAGGAAAAAGCAACAUUAUGCUGACGUGGACUAACAAGAUGAGAAUCUACGAUAUCUACCAUUUGAUUAUCACCAUGAGUAGACAUGCUGCAUAUGGAGAGAAAAUACUACAUCCGGAAGCUUCCUUAUUGCUUUGGAGCAAUUGGAAUACAUGCAAUUUCACUAUUUUAGCUCAAUUGUUCAUUUUAUAUAGCACUUCUCAAAAGUUCUCAUGUACGUGGCCUCUGCCACAUGACACAGGCUACGUUCCUCUCUGAUCAUAUUCCAAUUUAACCCUCACAUUUUAUAGAUUUUUCUAUUACAUUCUUUUAUAUUUCCUUUGUAAGAAAUGUAGGACAUUGCAGGAAAUGCAAUGCUCAAUAAAUUCAGUGAUUAAAAAGCACAUAUUCAACUCUGGAAAAAAAUAAAUUAUAUAUAGGUAGAUAUAACUUUACACAAAGUAAUUUAUUAUUUACCAUUUUGACAUAAUGUAAGCACGACUGCUGGCCCCCCUUUUUUUCAAGGUUCCUUGUUUGUGUUUCGAACCUUGACCAUAUGACACUCUUUAUCAUCCUGUUUGUGAUAAUUUGGACAUUUCUGUUAUCUGUACCUGUAUAGCAGUAAAAAAGAAAAUCCUUAAAAAGGUGGGGCUCAGCAAAAGGGUCUUACUGUGAAUUUGUACGCUGAACUCGAUAAUUCAAGAUUGAUAUUCCAUAAUUGAGAUUGUACUUACAUUAAAAUA